AUGGGGUCCACGUACAAUCUGCAAGAGCUUCUGGCAACCGACAUCCAGACAUCCCUGCCAGCAGAAGCAGUAGCCGAGAUCAUCUCGCAGGCCCCCUUCACCACGGUCCCGGGCAUCUUCAACCUCCGCGACAUCAGCAAUGCAACCAUUCCGACCUCUCCAUCCCCAGCAGUUCUUCGCCCAGGGCUCGCCUACCGCUCAGCAGCCCCAGUCCCAACAUUCACACCAGACGGCGUAACAGCCCUGAACACCCUCGGGAUCAAAAAGAUCUACGAUCUACGUCGGCCCGACGAGCGCACCAAAAAGCCGAGCCCUGUUAUCGACGGCGUCGAAGUCGUCUGGAUCCCGGAUGCACUGGGCGGGAAACCGCCGAACGCAGCAAUGGUGCCUCCAUCUGAUCCGGAAAAGUCGACUGAGACCCUGGUGCAGAUGUACACGGCCUAUCUCGCCUCGCACGCGCCAGUCUAUAAGGCCGUCUUUGAGCAUAUCCGUGACGAGCCAGAGAAGCCUUUUCUCUUUCAUUGCUCAGCCGGAAAGGACCGCACCGGCGUCCUCGCGGCCCUGAUCCACCGUCUGGCAGGGAGUGCCGACGAAGCGAUCGUCCACGACUUCACGCUAACCCGGGUUGGACUCGAGCCCGGCCGCGAGGCUCUGUUAACGAUGAUGAAGAGUCUGUAUGGAGAGUCGGCGUGGAAUAACCCCGUUCUGCUGGUUCUCUGGGGCGUCCACGCGAACGGCAUGACUGGGUUUCUCAACAUUCUUGAUGAGAAGCACGGUGGCGUGGUCGGGUAUUUGAAGAGCCUGGGUUUCUCGGACUCUGAUAUUGAUACGAUGAAAGCAAAUCUCGCAUUGAACAGGAACUAA